CCUGGCUUCUAAAUGGCCUGAAAGUUAAGCUGAAGAAUAAAAGCAACAUGGUUAUUUUUAGAGCUCUACAGGCAUAAAAAUACAGCACUAAACUGUGACCUGCAGCUACGCACAGCAAAGCACCACAUCAUGCGACAGCCUUCACUUGAGCGAGGAGCGCGCCUGUGUGCUCCAGAAGACAGUUCAGCUCAUUACCAAAGACAUGUCGGGAUGCAUUUACGACCAGCACCCAUAGCUGCCGGCAUCGCUUUCAAAGAGACUGAACUACAUUCAAAAGGUGGACCAUUAUAUAAUCUGUGAAGAUGGAAUAAGGACACAUCCAGGGGAACGAGAAUGCCCCAGUGAGACACAGCUUCGUCACCCAUUCGGGGGAAACGUCUCUGGCAACACCAUCACUAGCAGACCCAUCAACUUAACAGGCUAAAAAUGCCACUUUUUGGCUGGAUGAAAUGGCUAAAAACUGAUUCCUACAAAUCCCCACACUACCCGGGCUCAGACGUGGCCACAAAGACACUGCUUCGGGAACUGAAGUGGCACCUCCAGGAGAGGGAGAGGUUAGCAGAGGAGAUUGAAAAUGAACAAAAAGUGAAGAAGACAGGUGCGGACUACACCUGGCUGAGGAACUACCAGAAUCCCCACACGACCAUCCCCGCUACUGAACAAAGACAACUUGAAGUUCUCUGCUCCCAAGUUCAACCUUGCCACACGGGAACUAUUCUCAGCAGAUUUCGAGAAGUCCUGGCAGAAAACGAUGUGUUACCAUGGGAAAUCGUCUACAUCUUCAAGCAAGUUCUCAAAGACUUCCUGAGUCGUACCGAGGAAGGCGGCGAGCAGGAGGACCUGGAGGACUCUCGGAGCACGGACUGUCCUGUGACUUCCGCCACCGCAGGUGAAAGCUCAGCGGGCCCCCACAAAGAUGAGAUACCCACGAUUUCCAGUUAUGUGGACAAGAACACCAGGAACAGGCUCCCCACACUCUCACACAGGAUCUGGGACCUCCCCUACUACUACCCAUCCAGCUAAGCUGCUCGUGACCAGGAGUUUUCACGGCCACCCUAGAACCAGACGCUAACUAGGAAUGCCAACGAAAGGGACAUGACCAAGUGUCUGUUACAAAGUCAGAAGCCGAGGUUCCUGUGGAGAUGGCCUGUGUGUCAAAGUGUCCCUCUAACCCCUAAACACGUAGUGUUUUCAAUGGACGGUACGCUUUUAACUGCAGUGUUUCCCAGAUACUCUGAACAAAGUUUGAAGUAUUUUCUUAUAUCUCAAACGCAUCUCACCAGAACUAAGGCCAUUUUAUUCAGGAUGAAGUUUAACAGACUGUGUAUAAAAUUUAGACAUUAACUUUGACUCUUACUCUGAAAGGACCAUGUGUAGAAUAAAACGAUUAAUGUGAUUUAACGUUC